GACGCAAAAUUCCCUGGACAGUCCUUUGAAAAGAACAUUCCUCCCUCGCCUUCACGCGAAAACCCUGGCCAGGUCUACCCGAAAUCCGACCCACGCGCCGCUCCUCACGAAUCAGUACCUGGCACAGGAGGCGCACACAACCCGCCCGUCGGCCAGACACUAUCCAAUCCCUUCGUCCUCGAUGACGCACUCGACGGCCUUGACCACUCCCUCGCUCGUGCCAUCUCGACCAUAGAGAACGACGCCGACGCGAGCGGCACCAGCGCGGAGAGCGAGACGCUCCUCUCCAAGUUCCGUGGUUGGCAGAGCGAUUUGGUUGCGUUGCGCAGGAAAGGCGCACGUGUUGGGAGGGAGGUGCAGGGUGGCCAGCAGGGGCAUACGAAUCAGGGCGGCAUGUUUGCGGACUGA